AAGUGGUCCCCGAGACAAUAAUAAUGCAGCUCUGUGUUUUUAAGAAGAGAGUUGAAGAUCAUUCUGCCCUCUGUUUUCUUCAAUGGUCGCCAGGAAUUGAACAGCGGAAAUAGUUCAGCUUUUAUUCUGCUGCAUAGACAGAAGUUAAGCUUUCUAAAAAUAGAUGCUUAGACUAAAUGUUUAUUGCUCUAUAAUUCCUAACGCAACACCAGUCAAGCUUGAAAGCUGGAGGGGUUCAUGGAUUAUUAAUCAUCACAGAGCUCGGAAGUCGCCUUGGGGGAUUUCCGUCAGGGCCUUGAAAGAUGAAACGGGUGGGGGUACAAGCAGCUCUCCAGGCAGGAGCUGGGACCCUGGUUUGGAAAUUGAGGUCCCUUAUGAACAAAGGCCGGUGAACGAAUACUCAUCUCUGAAAGAUGGAGUUCUGUAUUCAUGGGGCGAACUGGGACCAGGGCAGUUCUUCCUUCGUCUUGGGGGUCUCUGGUUAGUCACUUUCACGGUUCUUGGAGUUCCAAUUGCAGCUGCGAGCUUCGAUCCUUCAAGGGAACCUCUGAGAUUUGUGCUAGCUGCUGGAACAGGAACUCUUUUCCUUGUAUCACUAAUUGUCUUGCGAAUAUAUCUGGGAUGGAGUUAUGUAGGCGAUAGACUUCUAUCAGCAGUGAUACCAUAUGAAGAAAGUGGGUGGUAUGAUGGACAAAUGUGGGUAAAGCCACCAGAGGUCCUAGCUCGUGAUAGGCUAUUGGGUGCUUACAAGGUUAAACCAGUCAUCAAAUUGCUAAAACAAACACUGGUAGGAACUGGAGCUUUACUUGUGACAUCAGUGUUGUUGUUUAUCUUUGCCACACCAGUGGAGCAUUUCUUUCAGGCCACCUUUUCCACAAAAGAGAAUCCCUUUACUGUUCCAGUUGAGAAGACUGAAAAAAAGUUUAACAUAAGAAAAGAGGAGCUGCUUCAGUUGCCAGUGGAGGUCAAGUCUGAUGAUGAUUUGGCGGCAGCAGCUGCUGAGGCUGCUGAUGGAAGACCUGUCUACUGUAGAGAUAGAUAUUAUCGUGCGUUGGCAGGUGGACAGUACUGCAAAUGGGAAGAUCUGCUGAAGUAAAAGAAAAUAAGGAGGAUAGAUUAAUCUGUAAUUUGCAUUCACAGGAACACUUCUUAAAAGUUCAGUGUUCUAUGACAUUUGUUUAAUGAAACCAAUUGGAUGAUUUAAGAUAAA